GGCUGCCUGAAUGAUAACCAGGAGGAGGGAACCCCUGCCAGCCUCUUCAGCCUGGCUCCGGUCGCGGUGCCCCCGCCACAAGACGGACAAUGGAGGUGCCCCUUGUUAAUUUUGAGAACAUGGAUGAUGUUGGCAUUAACCUGGGGGACCCGAAUGACUCCGGGUACCCGACUUCACCCCCCUCAGAGGCUCCCGAUCAGAAUCUUUUGCCCCACCGCCUAAGUUCACCUCAUCAGUCGCCACACAGAGGACGACGUAGACAUCAUUCUGGUCAAGAAGGACUGUCACCUUCCACUCCUCCGUCUCUCACAGCUAAAGCAAACUCCAGCAGUGGCAGCCUGAUCUCUAAUCUGAAGCUCCUGAUCCACAGUGAGUCUCCCACUGACAGUGUCUUCAGUAAGAUGGCUAAGGAUUGCUACGAGAGUGAAGAUUUGUUUGAAAAGCACUGUAUUGAAGAAAAAGACGAGAAAGUUGUCAUCAAUGUUUCGGGUCUGAUGUUCGAGACCCAGCUUAGCACCUUGAAUAACUUUCCAGAGACACUGCUGGGUGACCCAAUUAAGAGGAUAAGAUACUUUGACCCGAUGAAAAACGAGUACUUUUUUGACAGAAACCGCCCAUCUUUUGAUGGCGUUCUGUACUACUACCAGUCAGGGGGGCGAAUCCGCAGACCGGCCAAUGUUCCCUUAGAUGUUUUCGCCAACGAAAUGGUCUUCUAUGAGUUGGGUCAUGAAGCGAUGGAGCAGUUCCGCGAAGACGAAGGGUUUGUCAAAGAGCCGGAGGUCCUUUUACCCACCAAUGAACUCAAACGCCAAUUCUGGCUCCUGUUUGAAUACCCAGAAAGCUCUAGUGCGGCCAAAUCUGUCGCUCUGGUUUCUGUGUUUGUCAUCGUCAUUUCAAUCGUCAUCUUCUGCCUAGAGACUCUGCCGGUGUUCAGAGAAGACUCUGACUAUCAUCCAGCUUUAACCCAACUCAUCAACGGGACCAAAGGUUCUGGUCCUCCCAUUAAAGACGUGUUUGCAUAUUUAACAGACCCCUUUUUCAUUGUGGAGACUAUCUGCAUCAUUUGGUUCUGCUUUGAAGUCGGUGUCCGUUUUAUCGUGUGCCCCAGCAAAAGAGAUUUCUUCAAUAACAUCAUGAACACCAUCGACAUUGUCUCUAUAAUUCCCUACUUUGUGACCCUUGGAACUGAGCUGGCUACGACCCCUGACGAGGAUUUGAACUCCAGUCAGAACAUGUCCCUGGCAAUCCUAAGAAUCAUCCGUCUAGUGAGAGUCUUCAGGAUUUUUAAACUUUCCCGACACUCUAAAGGGCUUCAGAUCCUGGGGCAGACCUUGAAAGCCAGUAUGAGGGAACUCGGGCUGCUCAUCUUCUUCCUUUUCAUAGGAGUCAUCCUGUUCUCAAGUGCCAUCUACUUUGCAGAAGUGGAUGAGCCGGAGACGCAGUUUGUGAGCAUCCCCGACGGCUUCUGGUGGGCGGUGGUGACAAUGACCACUGUGGGAUACGGAGACAUGUGCCCCAUCACAAUGGGAGGCAAAAUGGUGGGCACCCUCUGUGCCAUUGCCGGUGUCCUGACCAUCGCCUUGCCCGUCCCUGUCAUCGUCUCUAACUUUAACUAUUUUUACCAUCGUGAGACUGAGCAGGAGGAGAAACAGGUGAUGGAUGCGGCUGCAGAGGCUGCCCAGAAAAUGUCAGCCGCAAACAAGUAUGGAAGCACACCCUCACUGAACAAAAGUAACGGCAACUGGCAGAACGAGAAAAAUGGCACAAAUUGCUAAUAUAGUAAGAGAAACUCUUUAUAUCUAUUAAGGGCAUGAGAGACACAAGGACAAAUCAAACCAGCAGUGAGAUGCGCUGCUGUUUAUCUUUCUCAGUAUUUUGUACUCGGAACAUGGCAGCAUUAUUUUGUUCAUAUAAUGACAGUAUUAAAAGGACCUGUGUGGUGGGACAGCCUUUACACAAGUUGUCUGUCCGCUAGUGGAUGUGUCAAAGUGCAAUUAACACAACUACUCAGCUAUUACUCGGUCAGUUAUCUUCCAAUAGAGGUUUAUUAUCAUCUUUCUUCCAGUGCAAUUUAAAGACAUUCACCUGUUAAGACUGUUAAAGUAAACAAGGAAAUAGUCAGUUGUAUAUUUGACCAAAAUGUCCUUGAGGGUGUGUGUAAAACUACUGUUAUCCCACAAAAGAAAACACUGCUGUGAUAAUCGAAGCACUUAUACUGUAAGCAUACUUAGAGCUUGUAUUACCUCAUCGCAUUUAGUCUACACUUUAGUAUAAUCAGCAAAACCUAUAUAGAACUUGGCAUGAUUUUCAAGGUCAGGCGAAUGCAUCCAGUGUAAGGCAUGCGGACCUGAGCUCACACUUUGUGUUCUCAGCAAAUCUAAAGUUGUGAAUGCUCAGCCAGCAGCACCUCUCCAUAUGACACAGCACAACAAUAUCUGUGCUGUGUGAUGAAUGUUUUGCACAUCUGCAGUUG